GACUUCGGCCAACGAACACUAUUCGUUCGGUCACAACCCAAUCUCGCAGUAUCCUGGGCGAACAAACCAUACACCAAUGUCAUUAUGACGGCCAGCUAUGUCUGUCUUACGAUUUGGUCGAUGAAAGGUCCGCAGAUAUGUCUUAUCUGUGUUGUUUCCGUCCAUGUGUGAUCUGGCAGCAGCGCGAAUCAUGUACACAGAGAUGUUGCAGCCAAUCGUAUAGUCCAGUUCAUACAUUGUUUGGUGGCCAGCAUCUUCUAGGGGAGCUGAGCCUUUGAUGUCUUGGUACGCGGGUAGGUCUUGCUUUCCUUAGUGGCUCAUGAGCUCUUUCCCUUUAUAUAAACCAUGAGCUUUUCCCCUCCCUCGGCAUCUCCCCUCGCACUACAGCUGCGUGUACACCCUGAUCCCUGCACUACUACCCAACUCUCCUUUCACUCUAUAUACCUGAGCACGUCUGCAUCUGAUGCUGCCGCCUUCCGACUAUCUGCAUCCGCAUCAAAACAGUUCCACCAUGCCUCCCGCAACUCAACCUCGCCAUCGUCGCCCUUCGUGGAGACAGUCACGCGUGUCCCACCGCACGUAGUAAGCAAACUCAAAAAGAUGCUUCGAAACCCCAGUUUGGAAACGGACUUUGACCGAAAGCAGGAGCAUGAAAUGCCCGCCGAUGCCGACGCCGACACCUUUUACUACAACGCUGCCUUCAUUGCGGAAUGGACCAUGCCUGCAGAUCUCUGGGUCCGCUUGCCCGAGUCGCUCACAACGGAGCUCAACGACUGGCAAGCUGCUGGAGCUGCCGUAUGCACAGCUCUGGCCCGAAUUGACAAGCUGGACGAUGAGAGUCUUUACAGAGGCUGGCCAUCCAGACACAACAUACAUCUUUCGCGUACUACGUCUGACUGCCCCGCUGUUGGGUCGCUUCCGUCCCCGAUCACAGGACCUUUCGAAAUGUCACCUUUCCAAACACCGAUUGAUCUCCCUGCUCUACGAACAAGCUUUGACGACGCCCUGUCAACUAGUCCAGAGACACCACCUUUCACCCCACGAGACAGCAUCAUGGGCGACGAAGUCGAUGAGAUUAGCACAUCAUUCCGCAACAAAGUCAGCCUCGAGCACGUCAACGCGAUGUUAGCCACUAGGGUGAGACGAGCCUCCGAAUCUGCAGGCUCACCAUCACCGAUCAUGAGUCGCCUCUCCCGUCAAGAUUCGAGCGAAUUUGCCUAUGGUCCAGAUCAACAAUUUGACGAGAGUGCUUGGGAUGUGUUCUUACGAUCGUAUGAGGCCGAGCUUGAGCAUCUGCGCACCGAGACAUUGGUUCGCUUCAGACACAUUGGUAAAUCAGUGGAUAGGCUUUGGCUGGAUCUCAGAUGCGAGGGCGUGCAUCCUGUUUCGAAGGAGACAGUCGUUGAGUUUGUCGCCUGGUGGCAAACUAUGAAGGACAAGGAACACGACUAUGACAAAGAAGUCCAAAUGCUUGAAGUGCCUCAGCUCGAAGUGGUCAGCUUCCAGCGGGCGUCGCAAGGUUGGUCCUUUUGAACGACAGAUCUGGUCAGCUCAUGAUCAUACCAUGUCUGCAUGUGAAAUCCGAAACGAUUACAUUAGAUCGGUGCGAUGAACGAUCUCAGUGCAGGUCACCAGGGUCAGAUGAGAAGCACAGCGAUGAUUAGUUUGACAAAUUU